GUUGAGUACGUAUGAACAAAUGGGAACCGAAUGCGUGGACCAAAAAAAUGCUUGAACGGUCACGAUCUAAUCAUCAGAACGUGUAAUGAUGGACCAACCCUUUUCGUGAAGACGAAACUCGUUUUGCUUAUAAGAAAAGGCCUAGCAAGACAAAACGAGAAGGAAUCGUUUGAAUAAAGCUCUGCUUUGUCAGCUAUGGAAACCAGAAACCGAAGAGAGAACUAGUUGACAUGAAGAUCGGCAGGGAAUAUUUGGAUGGUUGGGGUUUAUUAGGUAGCUUUCAAGGUAUAGAUUAGAGGAGAGGAAUAGGGUUUUGCUUUGGAACUGAAAGUGAUAAUGGAAACCAUUUGAUAUAUAUAAGAAUAUAUUCUGGGUUUGAUGUAGUGUUUAAUAUUUCUAUCGGGUUUUAACUUUUACUAUAAGUUCUUUGCUAUUACUAAAUUGUAAAUUUUAUAGGGGUGUUUAGUUAUUUUUAGGUACUCUUGGAUCAUAUAACCCAUUUGAUUAUAAAUAGGGAUAUAUGUAAAUGGGUCAAUGCUUUUCUCGGCAGGAAAAGCGCCGAGAUGGUUGCAGAGGAGAAGAGAGGCAUUAUGGGUGUUUGGCAAUGGUGAAAGAGCAAAGAUGCAGGUUCUAUAUUGCUCGGAGAUGUGUUGCAAUGCUACUUUGUUGGCACAAAUACGGCAAGUAUAAUUAAUUUGUUGGUUCUUUUUUUUUUUCCCUCUUGUCUUUUCAGUUUUCACCGUCUAUUGAAUAUUUCAAUUACCAUAUGCCGUACCUCACUGGCUAGAUGGUUGAUUUAAAUCGGCUACUGUAUAUGCUCUGCAGAGCUGUCAGCAAGGAUAUCAAAUUUAUUGCAAAUGUUUCUUUGUCCCUUUUAAUUCUUAAAUAUUUUCUGGUUCGAAAAAAAAAUUUCUUAAAUAUUUUCCUUUCUUGUUUUUAUUUAUCGUAAUAUAAAUUUAAUUUCUCUUUCCUUUUUUCCUUUUUUUUUUUUUUUUUUUUUUUUUUUUUUUUUUUGGUUUUUUUCACCUUCUUUCUUAAAUCUUUGGGGUUUUUAGAGUAGCUAUAUAGGAAGAAUGGUACGUUUGAGAGCCUCAGAGAGACAAGCAUGAGCCAAAAGAUAUAAUUAAUACAAAUUGGUUAUUGGUCCUUGGAUGCUGUAAUUAAUUCUUCCCCAAAAAAAAAAAAAAAGAAUGGUGUAAUUAAUUAAUAUUUUCACAAAUAUAUAAAAGUUGUCGGGUAGUGUUUUGUCGAAGUUUUGAUGCAUGUUGCUUAAACAUAAACAAAAAACUAUGUAUGCAAUCAAUUUAUUUCAACUCGAUAUAAAAUUUUUUUAGUGUGUACAUGUGUGUAAGAUAUUUAAAUAUAAUAACUUUUCAAUUUACGAAAUGUUACAUCAUAGGAUUAUAUCUCGUUAAAAUUAGAUUUAUAUUUUAUAGAAUAACCAUCCAUGCGUACUCAAAAUUUGGUGUUAAAAAAUUUCUCAUAUAUAAUUUUAUUUUAAUUUUUUUAAUAUAAUCUUUAAAAUUAGAUAAAAAGUAAAGGUUGUGCAACUUUAUAUAUAUAUAUAUAUAUAUAUAUAUAUGGUAGCUAGCUAGUGUAUAUAUAUUGGACUUUAUGUGUACGCUCAUUGGGAAAUAAAUACUGCUUAUAACUCUUUUUUUUUUUUUUUUUUAAGAGAAAAUAAUACUGCUUAUAAAUAAACUACAAUGGAAGUACGGCAUAUACAUAAAAAAAACUAGAUUAAAGCAUAAUUUGCAUAGCAAUGAAGGGAUCAUUUUAUUUUUCUUUACAAUAAAAGGAAGCAAAUGUACAUAUGUAAUCAUCAGAAUAACAACAUUUGGUACUCUUAAAGACUUCAUCUUGAAUUGAUCAACUCAAGAUUUUUAUUAUUCUUUUCCCUCAAAAAUAAAUGAUUGGCAAUAAGAAUAACAAGCUAGGGUGUGCCAAACCAAUGAACCUUAAUUACCAGGCCAUGAUAGCCAUGCUAGAUUUCAAUUUGAAAAGGAAAAAAAUAAAAAUAAAAACUAUAAAAUUCGUGAAGUUCGUAAGCAGAGCAUAUGAAAUCUAUUUUGUAAGCAUGUGCCUUCAAAAGGGCGGUCCACGAUUGGCCAUACAUAUACAUAUACAUAUAUAUAUAGAGAGAUUCUAUGGUCAGGAGCGACCGGAUGGAGUUUCAUGCGGACCAGAAGCAAAGCCGAUGCAAAAUCAGCUGUUUUUAGAAGAACCGAUUUUUUUUUUUUUUUUUGUGUGUAACGUCUGCUUUUCUCCUGAGAGAAAAAUUAACGUUUUUUUCUUGUGUAGCGUCUGCUUUUUGCGGAUCCGCAUGCAACUCUAUUCGGACGGUCUUGACUGUAGAAGAACUCUACAUGUAUAUAUAUAUAUAUAUAUAUAUAUAUAUAUAGAGUCCUUCUAUGGUCAGGACCGAUCGGACGAAAAAGGUGCGGUCCAAAAACGUGGGAAAUUGCUCAGCCAUUGGAUUACAAUGAGUCUCAUGAAUGGCUCAGAUUACUUUUUGUCAUACGUGAGAAAUAAUUGCUGGAAAUUUUGCAUUCAUUUAACAUUCCCGCUAUUCAUUUCUUGCCUCGCAUGCACCACAUUUUCACACAUAUCUGGCUGUUUAAAAUUUCCCACUCAUCAUCAUGAAUUGUUCACCAAAUGGUGUAGCCAGAAGGCCCGACUUGACCAUUUCAAAAAUCCAUUGACCAUUUCAAAAAUCCCAAAUCCUUCUGAAUCGACCAUCGUUUUGAACGCCGCACGGCCGCCGGCAGUACCAUACUCGGGGUUAAAGGGAAAAAAAAAAAAAAGGAGAAAGAAACAUGGAUAGAGGAGAAGAGGAAGCUCCAAUUGUGGGAAGCCAAGGUUUCACCCGUUUUAUACAUGUUCAUCUAUUAAUUUUGAUUGCUUCCAUCCUUUCCCUGUGAGCUUCAUUUUUGUAAAAUCUAUGCUUCCAUCCCUUCCCUGUGGCAUUAAUGAUUAAUAGCAUGUUAUAUAAAUUAUAGUAGUCAAUAAGUGUGAUUUGGAAGUGGAUUGAAAUGUAUUAUAUGGAAAUUAAUAAUGAUCAUAUGUUGAUUUUAUUA